ACGUAUACGUGCAUUUCUUCUCCCUCAAUCUCUCCGUAGUUGAGAAAUAGAGUGCGAGCAGAUAGUCGUCGUGACUUUGAAGGCGAAGGAGAAGAGAGAGUGACAGCCAUGGAGACGACCAAACUACAGCGUCUCUUCGACGCCUGCAACGAGGUUUUCACAGAUGAGGAACCUCCUUCUUACAGGCAGAUUCAGUGGCUGAGACACCUCCUAGAUUCAAUGGAAGCAUUGGACGUUGGAAUCAAUGAGUUCGGGGAGGGAACACCAGACCACACUAAUCGCUACAGAAAACUGGUAGAUGGGCAAUCCUUAACGAGCAUCACAUAUAUUCACAUCUACGAGUCGGAGUAUUUUUCGAUGGGGAUCUUCUGUUUCCCGGCGGGAGCUAGCAUACCUUUCCACGACCAUCCAGGGAUGACCGUUCUGAGCAAGCUACUCUAUGGCUCCAUGUAUCACAAGGCAUACGAUUGGGUUCUCCCCACCAAGUUGGCUCAUUUGAAGGAUCGUCAUACUAGAACAGUAGGGCUGGCUGGGUUGGCCGUGGACGAAGUGCUGGAAGCGCCGUGCCAGCCGAGCGUGCUGUUCCCGAGAAGCGGCGGCAACAUCCACUCCUUCACCGCUCUGACGCCCAGCGCCAUCUUGGACGUCCUCUCCCCUCCUUACAACGACGAGUUGGGGCGGCCCUCCACCUACUUCUACGAGCUACCAAUCCGAGCCUUACCAGGCUACGCGGUGUUGGAGGAGAGAGAUUUGCCUGAAGAUUUGACCGUUGAGGGAGCGCCAUACCUUGGGCCUAAGCUCACCCUUGACGCCAUCAAUAAUUAAUUAGCACAAAAAACCGCAGAGUUGAGAUCAUA